CGUAGGGUGGCGCUGUACCGCCGUGAAUAAACGUGCGACGGCCGCUCGGCCAUGUUGAAGUGUGGAGGAACUGCAGCCCGCCAUUGUGUUUCUGAUCUGCAUCUGUAGCGAGAGAGAGAGAGAUAGAGAAAGAGAGAGAGACGGGCGUAAAGACUCUAAAAACACAUUCAUUUCCCGUUGACUUUAACCCGCAAACAAACGCGCAGGCUAACACACAGGCUCCGGGGAGAGAGAAAUGUCAGCCAGCAGCCUUCUGGAGCAGAGACCGAAAGGCCAAACAAACAAAGUGCAAAACGGAGCUGUUACCCAAAAGGAUACUUUGAAUGAUGAUGAGUUCGAGCCUUACCUGAACGCUCAGCCCAGACAGAGCAAUGCCUAUACGGCCAUGUCUGACUCCUACAUGCCCAGUUACUACAGCCCCUCGAUAGGCUUUACCUAUUCGCUGAAUGAAGCGGCAUGGUCUACAGGCGGUGAUCCCCCGAUGCCUUACCUGGCCUCUUAUGGACAGCUUAGCAAUGGGGAGCACCACUUUCUCCCAGAUGCCAUGUUCGGCCAGUCCGGGGCACUGGGGAGCAACCCUUUCCUGGGACAGCACGGCUUCAACUUCUUCCCCAGUGGGAUUGACUUCCCUGCCUGGGGGAACAGCAGCUCUCAGGGACAGUCCACACAGAGCUCAAGUUACAGCAGCAGUUACGCCUAUGCUCCUAGCACGCUAGGAGGUGCUAUGAUCGACGGACAGUCUCCCUUUGCAGCCAAUGAGACGCUCAACAAGGCCGUGGGAAUGAAUAGUUUGGAUCAGGGCAUGGCGGGGCUUAAGAUUGGGGCUGGUGACAUGGCACCCAAAGUUGUUGGUUCUGGACUUCCUGGAGGGCCAUUAAGUCAGGUAUCUGCAGCUCCCACCAUGCCUCCCGCCUCCAUGGCUCCUGCUAAAACUGCGUCUUGGGCGGAUAUUGCCAGCAAGCCGGCCAAACCGCAGCCAAAGCUGAAAACCAAGGGGGGACUUGGUGGGACGAAUCUGCCGCCGCCUCCGAUCAAACAUAACAUGGAUAUUGGGACUUGGGACAACAAAGGGACUAUGCCUAAACCAGCAGCCCCACAGCAGACUUCCCUGCCCACUAAUGGACAGCCGCCAAAUCAGUCGUCUCCUCAACCAGGUGCUACUGCCGGCGGGGUGCCGCAGCUGCCCCUCAGCAAUGGACAGUUAAUGCCUCCCACUGGUCAACUCGGCCAGCACCCUCUUCCUCCAGGUUGCCAGCCUGGUGCUGUCCCACCUCCACUCUCCCAGGGCCCUUCCGCUCCCCAACCCUCCCAGCCAACCCGCUGGGUGCCCCCGCGUAACCGUGCCAAUGGCUUUGGGGAUGCAGCGAGCGGACCUGGGCAAUCCCCUCCCAAUUCAGGAAUGGGUGGUGUUGCUGUGCCAUCAGAGCCCCACCCAGUUCUGGAGAAACUGCGCAUGGUGAACAACUACAAUCCCAAGGACUUUGACUGGAACCCAAAGCACGGUCGCGUCUUUAUCAUCAAGAGCUACUCUGAGGACGACAUCCAUCGCUCCAUUAAGUACAAUAUCUGGUGCAGCACAGAACAUGGCAAUAAGCGUCUGGACGCUGCUUACCGUUCACUGGCCAACAAAGGGCCGCUCUACCUGCUCUUCAGCGUGAAUGGCAGCGGGCACUUCUGUGGUGUGGCCGAGAUGCGCUCACCCGUGGACUACAACACUUGUGCAGGCGUGUGGUCGCAGGACAAGUGGAAGGGCCGCUUCGAUGUGCGCUGGAUCUUUGUGAAGGACGUUCCAAACAGCCAACUCCGGCACAUUCGUCUGGAAAACAACGAGAAUAAGCCAGUGACCAACUCCCGUGACACACAAGAGGUACCGCUGGACAAGGCACGUCAGGUUUUGAAGAUCAUCGCAAGUUACAAGCACACCACCUCCAUUUUUGACGACUUCUCACACUACGAGAAACGUCAGGAAGAGGAGGAGAGUGUAAAAAAGGUAAUCUGCAAUGCCGUUGCUCCGUCAGGAAUAUAAAGCUGAUUAUUGUUUAUCCAGUUCUUCACAAAGUUCUUUUGAUGUCAGUUUUGAAAUGUUAGGACCACUGUUGUUCAAUAUUUUGAUAUUGUGAAUCUGAAGUCAUGCAUUUAUUCUCUUAGAAAUGGAGUUGUUUACCUAAUUCAAAAGCAUACCCAUUUACAUUAGGAUAAUGAAUAAAAACACAGUGUUGUUUAGAAAUUGCAACCUCAAAUGUUGCAUAUUGUUGCUGCAGGUAAUGGAAUUGCAGAUUUUGUGGUUUGUUGCACAAAUGGCUAAACUACGGAGAGCGAGAUUAUAAGUAUACAUAAAACGGUUGUUCUCCCAACAUUUGCAGAGUCCGUGUACACCAAUUCCCUUAAAAGGGUAGUUCACAUGGAAAUAAAAUUUAUCAUU